AUGCAGUCUUCAGAGGCCGUCUUCUCUCAGGCUCGUGAAUUUACCCCGCUUCAGCAAAUGCCUUGUCGCUACUUUGCCCUUGGUGCGUGCAAGUAUGGCGAUGCGUGCCGAUACGCCCACCCGGAACCAAUCAGGAAGGCACCGAACGAAGAAUUCAAGGCGCUCAGGAUAGAUCAUGAGCCAGUCUCAGACUCCAGGCAACGCAUCCCCUGCAAGUUCUUCGCAUGGGGGCAUUGCAAGAGAGGCCUGGCAUGCUCUUUUGCUCACGCGGCCAUGCCCGACUAUUCUCAACCCGCAGACGAGGAUUUCGAGGAGCCAGAAGAUGGCGACAGCGGAGCGAGAGAGCUAGGCGGAGCGAUCGUGCAAUUUGGAGACGGAGCAACAGUCUCGGCGGUCUCGCUUCGAACGGAAUUUUACUCCUUUCGCUUGAGGAAUCUGCCUGAAGAUGCAACUUUGGAAUCUGUUGCAUCUCUACUGGCCGAUGCGGGUGUUGAUAUUAAGGCCAACAAGACCCGCGUUAUUCCUAUGGCUGGCAACGACGCCUCCAUCUGCUCAUCAGCCGAAAUUAGCACAACAGAGCCAACCUCCCUCGAGGAAAUGCGGAUGAAAUUUGUUGCCAUUCCAGGAGGCAGAGAUAUUGAAGCCGUGGGCAUUCCCCAACGCAUUACGCGAAGUUCAAAUACCCACACCAUCGACUGCCGGAGGGUUCAAUGCUCUUGGUACCGUCCAGUCUGCACUGCUUGGCUGGAUUUUGGAAACGAGGCCAUUGCGGACAGAGUUUCACGAGGGUUCCGUUCAGGAAGAUAUAAACUCGGUGACCGAGAAGUCACAGUGUCCGAGCCCAGUGCAACAAACAUGCGCUCUUUUCAGGCAUAUACGGUCAUCUUGUCCAACCUCCCGCAUCGCAUCACCAAGGAGAAGAUACUCUGCCUUAUUGGGAGGAAUCUUCUUCCUCGAAAUAUUGAGCUCUCGGAGCCUGCUUACGACGAGGAGGAUGAUACGGCCAUUUCGCAAAUUCAGUCGCUGCUCACCAGCAGUGGUGAACUUGAAGGAGACCCAGUUGUGUCCAAAUCCAAUUUGAAGAGAUUGAAAAUACAGGCCAAGUUCGCACACGAAGCUGAUGCACGAACAGCUGUCUCGAAACUGCACGAUUCAGCGCUCCCUUUCUAUUCUAGAGGGAGACUCACCGCACAGCUAGUGAUUUCAGCCAAGUUCAAGGUGCUCAACCGGGUUUAUCAGGCCGUAGAGCAGCGCAUUAAGGAGCAAAAACAGGCUUGGAUGGAUGCAAAGGUCUUUCUCAGAGUUUACCCUCCGUCCACAGCUUUUACGUGCCUCAAGCUCGAGGGGCAAGAUGCUAAGCAAGUAGCGUCCGUUAAGCAAGAACUUGAUGUGAUGCUAGCAGGCUGCGUCGUCGAACACAUUGGGCAGGCUGUUUGGAGGGAAGCCUGGGGCAAGAUGAAGAACAUUUCCAGCAUACUAAAGCCUGUCGAGCAGGCUUUCGGUGUAUUCAUUUGCCGCGACACUCUCAGGCGUCAACUUCGAGUCUAUGGCCCUCCCAAGAGCUGCACGAAAGCUUCCAAGCGUCUGGCGGAAUUAACGCAUGUCGACAAUGAAUUUCGCUUCGAGAUCCCUCUCGACUCAAAUGGUUUCCGAUGGACUUGUCAAGGGGGGCAUAGUGAAUUGUCUUCGGCCCUCGACCCGAAGCCAGUGACACUUGACGUAGUCUCGAACCCGAAGCGAAUCAUCAUUCACGGCAACCAGGAUGAUUAUGAAGAGGUACUGGCAUUGCUCCAUGGCGCGAAGAAGCAGCUGACCAGGACAGCACCGACGGAUAAGGACUGUUCGGCCUGCUGGACUGAGGCGGAAUGCCCCGUUCGAACGCAGUGUGGCCAUGUGUACUGCUCCGGGUGCUUUGAAGCUCUUUGUUCAUCGAAGUCGGCCACCAGCUCUGAUAUGCUAAUUCGAUGCGUGGGCAACGAGGAUACCUGUAGACGAGUUCUUCCUCUAAGUGAACUACGAGAACACCUCUCCUCCACAACCCUGGAGGAUAUCUUGGGUGCCGCUUUCUCGUCUUAUAUCGCCAAGAACGCCGCUGAAUUCCGAUACUGCCCUACUCCCGACUGCGGCAUGGUAUACAGAGUGGCCAAAGAGGGAGUCAAAGUGCCACCAGCUCACACAUGUGGGAAAUGCCUGAUCAGCCUUUGCACAUCCUGCCACGUAUCGCAUGAGAACCAAAGCUGCGCCGAGCACAAAUCACAAAUACUCGACCCACGAGUUGAAAUGUUGAAGAAGGACUUGGGUAUCAAGGACUGCCCAAAGUGCAAGACGUCAAUGGAGAAGAUAGAUGGAUGUGACCACAUGACGUGCCAGGGUUGCGGAGCACAUAUCUGCUGGAAAUGCCUGGAGAGUUUCACAAGUGGCAGAGCCUGUUACGAGCAUUUGAACAAGAUUCAUGGAGGAAUCAUGGACGUGCCCGGUGGGCUCUAG